GCCACUAUUUUGGCAGCAGUUUGAUAAACACUCACUGCUCCUUAGCUGAUGUCAGUCGCUAUCUGCAUUUCCAGCGAGACGUAUCACGCGUGAUCAGCGACAAACCAGCACAAAAUUAGCCACAUAGCCCCGAAUCGAUAAGGUUGUAUGACAUCGUCGGUUGAACUUUAAGACAGCUAGCUUGUUUUUCUUUCUGUUUCACAUCAGGCAAGUCUGUGACCACUGAACAAGCCAACAACGCUCUUGUCUUUCGAUUGGCUCAAUUUUUACACUAUUCAACCGAGCUAGGAAGAACUUUUGCUUUUUAUUAUUCAGGCAACUUGUCUCCAGCGCUAACAUUAGCCAACUUAUUUUUUACCCGAACAGAACAUAUACUCAAUACUCGACUCAUUUUUAUAUGUCAGUCAAGCCAUCGUUUUGUUUUAUCAACAAGACGCCUUUUUCGAAGAACUACCUAUAGCUAAAGCUAACAAUAUUUUGCUAACAAUUUUAAAAAGAGGGGGCGCCAGCCUUGACUAGCCGGCUAACAACAAACCCUGACCUGAACCAUUUAAACAAUCAUUAAAGACGAACACUGUUUGGCUUUUAAAAGUGAUUGGUGCUGAAUUCAUGACCUUUAACUUUUAAAUAGCCCGUUUGACACGCUGCAGGAGUAACUCUUUAACGUUACCUCUCGCCUUUUAAAAUAAUCAGUGACAGAGCAGUGAGCCACCUGAGUGCUGAGAAGGAGAGUCAGUGGUAGGACCUGAAGCAGGUUGUGUACAGCCACGGAAUCCCUCAUCGGAUUGUUAUAUUAUCAGUGAUAUUGUUGAAAAUGGCGGCGAUCGGAAUGGUGCAGAUGUUGAUCGAAGCAGCCGAGUACCUUGAUCGCAGAGAACGAGAAGCAGAACACGGCUAUGCCUCCAUGCCACCCUUCAUCAGCAGUCGAGAGAGGGAAAGCUUGAAAAGGAAAAGCAAAAGCAAGAAAAACACAAGUAGCAGGUCUACGCACAAUGAAAUGGAAAAAAACAGACGGGCACAUCUACGACUGUGUUUAGAGCGUUUGAAAUCCCUCGUUCCCCUGGGACCAGAUGCUAACAGGCACACCACGCUCAGCCUGCUGAUGAAGGCCAAAGAUCACAUCAAGAGGUUGGAGGAGAGCGAUAGGAGAGCUCAGCACACCUUGGAGCAGCUACAGCGGGAGCAGAGACACCUGAGGAGGCGUCUGGAGCAGCUGGGGGUGGAGAGGACCCGCAUGGACAGUACGGGCUCCACUGUGUCCUCCGAAAAGUCCGACUCCGAUCAGGAGGACCUGGACGUGGAUGUGGAGGGCACGGACUACCUGCUGGGUGACCUAGAGUGGAGCACCAGCAGUGUGAGCGACUCAGGGGACGAGCGAGGCAGCCUGCGCAGCAGCUGUAGUGAUGAGGGCUACUCCAGCGCCAGCCUGCAGCGCCUGCAGGACACUCAGGAGAGGGCCAAGCAGCUGGGCUGCAGCCUAUAAACAGCACUGACCCAACACCCACCUUCUCCCCUCAGCCAAUCCCGUCCCAAGAUUGUCUCACCACUCCCUGGUCCCGCUCAGGCCUCCCCCCCCCCUUCCUUCCUUCCCUCCCUGUCUCCCUCUCCACCAGGACUGACCAAGUCUGAGGCCUCUGCUCUAGCUGGGCCUCUGCAGACUUCCUGUCCCCAUGGUGAUUUACAUUUACCUCUGCAACACCUCUGAGACACCCGCCCACAUCUAGUCCAUCAUCAGCGGUCAGUCUUUAGGGUGUCACUCGCUCCGCUCUGCACCAAUCAAACGAGUGGGAUUUUAAAGACACUCCAUCCCCUCCAUCCCCCCCGUCCGUCAGAACCACAACUUUCAGCCAGAGAAUGUUACCACACAAUAUCCCACUGCCUCUUUUUCUAUGCCUCAAGAGCCAUGGGAAGCACUUAUGAGAUUUUACCCUUCACACACACAUACAUUAACACAAACAUACACACACCCCUCCAUCGCUCCUAGUUGUCCAGUGAGACAAAGUCCUCCCAAAGGUGUGACACUGACAUGAUGCGGGGCUUUUUUUCUGCCCUGCUCACCAGUCAACCAUCUGUGCAUGGUAAUUUGCACUUAAAAUUGCUUUUGUAAACAAAACUGUGUCAUCUUUUUCAAACACUGUCUCUUAAAAACUAAAAGCCCCCCCCCCCCGCUGCAGCUGUUGCAGUAAUGUUACCAGAAGUGAGUGUUUGAAACAUGUCAGUGGUCUGCCUGUGCUGUGCGGUGCAGCAGACUUUGUGGACACUAAACUAACCUGUCGGGGCCAACAGCAAUACGUCCCUUAGUACCCAGGCUUUGGCGGGCAAUCUCGUAACUACCCUGUAAUUUUAUGUCACGCCUGCAGUUCUGAAGAGAAAGUUACACAAAAACAAACAAAAAAAAAAAAAAAAAUUGUGCAGCAUGAGAUUGUGAAGGGGCCGGGGUGUACGGGAGGGUUUUCGUGGGUGGGUUUGAUGUUUUCUGCCUCUCUCUGAUGACGGUGGCGUUUUUACAGCAUCCUUUUAUCAUAUGUGUGUGUGUCAUGUUUGAGCCUGGCGACGACAGGGGUCACUAGUAGGUUUGGAAACUUUAAACACCAGCCACCAGGCCGAAUGCUGGUAUAUUUUUGGCAGGUGCUGGUACAUUUUUUUUGUACACUACUUCUUCACUGCCCCGUUCACCAGGUAUUAAAAGGAAGGGAAAGAUCCUAUCUACUGAGAGCAGUCGAGAGACUGGAGCACAUUCCACUACGUAGAGAGGACAGGCAGGUGAGGCUGAUAGCAUUAUUUUUUGCGAAUGGAUGUUCCUGCCAAUUACUGAGGAAGGGAGAGUUCAGCUUGAGACGAGUCACGCUGAACGACUCUCUUUGACUCUUCAGUGGGAGCACGCUGAGGGAGCUCGCCUCUUCCUGAGUGUUCACAUCUGAAGAGCACAAAAAUGUUGAAACCACAGAUUUUCUCUCCUUCGCCUUGCCUUGAUAGCUAUUUAUUGUUUCUGCAAAAAUGUACACCUUUUAAUGUAAAUAGUUUACAGAAAGAUUUCUAUGUCUAUCAACAAAUGUAUUUAUUAGAUAUACUAAAUAUAUAGAUGAAUAUAUAUAUAUAUAAAUAUAUUUAAUUAGUCAUAGCCUAUGUUCUUCUUGUGAGGUUUAUUGAGAGUUUCCUAUGUGUAGUUUGUUUGCACAGCCUAGUCAAUCUAUAGAAUAGAGAAUAGAAAUGUCUCUUGUGCCUCGAGGCUUUUGUGUCUGUUCAGAAAUCGGCACGGUGCUCCUAGGAAAUGAUGUUUUCUUUGUGGUUCUAAUUUUUAGCUGUUUGCAAAGCCAUCUUACCCUUUAACGGAGGGAUAAUAAAAAAACAAAUCUGUUUUUCGAAAAAUGUCAAUUUAAAAAAAAAAAAAAAAGUGUAUAAGUGAGAGGAGCUGGUGGCUGGGGUGAGCGCAGUGAUGAUGGCUCCUCUGGCAAAGCUGUGUGUUGCCUGUUUGACCAUCUCCGUGCCUGAGAACCUCAAACAAAAUGGCUGUUAGUGCUUUGUUUGGUUCAAAAUCAUCCCUGGCAGGGAGAGGAUUGCAGCUUUUCCUUCGUACAUGUCCUCAACCCUGCAGCACGGCGCCAAAGGAAUCUCCCCUGCUCCUGCUGCAUCUGCCACUUGUAAAUCUCAGUUAAAGCAUGAAGAUGGUACAACCAAAAAAAAAAAAAAAAGAAAAAAACUGAAAAUUAGAAAAAUACAUAU